AUGAAGUCAAUCAGCUUAAGUUCGGUCCUCGCAACCUCCGCCCUUCUUUUCAUAGCUGGGCUCCCUUCUGUCAGUGCCCAACAGGAAACAGAAGUCGGAUGCUUCUCCAGUUCAGAACCCCUGAAGAGUCAAGGCAGUUAUACAUACCAGAGUAACGGAUAUUGUCUUGAUCUAUGUUACAAAGCAGGCUAUUCCGUUUUUGGUCUGUAUUCUGGGAAUGUAUGUCUCUGUGGAAACAAGAUCCCACAGAAAUCCACCAAAGUGGAAGAUUCCCAAUGCAAUGACCCCUGCGCGGCCUGGCCAGUUGUGAUGUGCGGUGGUGAUAACGCAUUUUCUGUCUACCUAACGGGUCUCACCUCUAGCGUUGAAUACUACUCUCCAUCUAGCUCGACCUCCACGGCCAAUGGUACGUCGACAACAACCACCGACUCCGAUAAUACUAGCAGCCAGUCGUCGUCUACUAGCACAGGAUCAGGAGCAGGACAGACAGUGUUUGAGACGGUGUCCAGUCAAACCACUCAAGCCAGUGCACAAGCCGAAGAAAAAUCCGGACCUAAUACUGCGGCCAUUGCUGCUGGAGUUGUUGUUGGCGUUGUCGGACUCUGCGCUAUGAUUGGGGCGGGUUUCUUCCUCUGGCGCUUCAAGACUCGCCAUCCCGCCGAUCAGCGAUUCCGCGAUGUCAACAAUGCUGAAAGUUUCGGCAAGCCCAUGUCUCAGGACUCCAUGUCCGAUUCGAGGUUUGACGGCGACUUUAUGGCACAGAGACGCCAGAGCAAUGGCAGUAUCGACGACGACCGGGAUUUUUCACGUCGCAUCUUGCAGGUGACGAACCCUGAUCGACGCUAA